CAGGAUCUAAAAGGCAAAGGCGACAUAACCUUAUAAUUAAUUUUUUAUGACAUUAUUUGAAUUUUAAAUGAUUCCAGAAAUUAAUAUACUAUCAGCUCCAAAUUCGGGAUUAAGGUAGGAAUUACUAGGAAUGAGGAUUUAAAUUAUCCAAUGUGAUUUAGACAAUCAUUCUGGACGAAGGUAAUGGUCAUAGAUCCUUGCUGGGGUCAGACCACUGGUCAGACUGAUAAAGAAUCUUGUAAACACAAUUUAUUAGCAAAUCAUCCCCUUCUCAAAGCAUUCCUUGCUGGUUCAUUCUCUGGAACAUUCUCCACAGUCCUGUUCCAGCCUUUGGACUUGGUUAAAACUCGUUUGCAAAACCCCACACCAGCCCUCAUCAAUGGCCAGAAUGGAACCAUCAGUAUGGCAUCUGUUUUCACCAACAUACUGCAAAAGGAUCACAUCAGUGGACUGUGGAGAGGAAUGACACCUUCCUUGACCCGAUGUGUUCCUGGAGUGGGUCUAUAUUUCUGCUCUUUGGACUUCAUAAAGUCGACUUACUUCUCCGACAAAACUCCCAACGCCAUGGAAUCCAUGGCAAUAGGAAUUAUUGCAAGAUGCAUGAGUGGAGCAGCACUAAUUCCAAUAACCGUAGUCAAAACAAGGUUUGAAAGUGGAGUUUACGGUUAUGAUGGCGUGUUGAAUGCCUUGAAGGAAAUUUAUCGUACUGAAGGCAUCAAGGGCAUGACGUGCGGCCUGUUGCCAACUCUAUUCAGAGACGCGCCCUUUUCUGGUCUCUACUUGAUGUUCUAUACCCAAACGAAAUCGGCUGUUCCUAUAGAUUUGAUGAACUCAAACUACUCAUCGCCCAUCCACUUCACCUGCGGCGUCACGGCAGGCAUCCUCGCGUCCAUCGCGACCCAACCCGCUGACGUCCUCAAAACCAAGAUGCAGCUGUACCCGAACAAGUUCCGCGGGCUGUGGUCGGUGGUGGUUUACGUCCAUGGGGAGUACGGCCCCAGGGGGUACUUCAAAGGCAUGGUGCCGAGGAUGCUGCGGCGCACGCUGAUGGCCGCCAUGUCUUGGACCAUGUACGAGCAGCUGACUCAGGCGAUGGGGCUCAAAUAGGCGGCAGCCCC